AUGGGAGAUAAAGAUGGCCCGCUAAACGAAUCUGCUGAUAACAUCUUAAUUCCACUGUCCGGACAAAUGAGGUGGCAAGGUGGUGGUUACGACAGUAGAGAUGUCGGGAUAAGGCUAGUCGGAAUGCUGUUAUCAGUUUCGCCAGUCGUCAUCCAUCGUGUCAACGUACUGGCCGAGAUUCAUCAUGGGAUUAAAUAUAACGGGAUCAACGUAACCACAACCGGAACCGCGUGUGGCCGAUUUCGCUUAAUCGGGCCCAUUGCUGUCAGCCCAGCUGUGUGA